AUGGUAGAACAGAGAAUAAGAGAGAAUGAACAGUUAUAUAGAGCAUGGCAUGAGCAACAACGAAGAAGAGAAAUGGGUCCAAAUGAUAAUGAGUUAGAUUAUAUAGGUGAUUUUAAAGAAGACACAGUGAGAAGGAGCUUUAUUAGAAAAGUCUUCUGUAUAUUAACACUUCAAUUAUUAUUUUCAACUGGUAUCAUAGCAAUUUUUCUCUUCGUAGAUACUGCUAGAAAAUUUAUGAUAAUUCAUUGGAUAUGCUUCACCAUUUCUUAUUGUGUCAUAUCUUUCUCUGAGAGAGCUAGACGUAAUCCACCUUAUAAUUAUAUAUGGCUAUGCACAUUGACACUUGCUAUGUCAUAUUUAGCUGCUUUUGCCUCUGUCUUUUAUGAGAUGGAAAUAAUUUUGAUGGCAUUAGGGAUGACAACAUUAAUUACUUUAGGAAUAAGUCUUGUUGCAACUUUUUCUAAGUUUGAUUUGACAAUGAGGACAGGAUUGAUAUUGAUUGUUGGACUGGCUUCUAUUGUUGCAAUUUUUACUAUGAUAAUAAUCCUGAUGUUUACAUAUGUAAAAAUAUUACAUAUAAUGAUAUCAGUUAUAGGAAUGCUGUUAUUAUCAAUGUACUUGUAUUUUGAUGUGCAAACAAUUAUGGGUGGAAGAAGAAUAGAAUUAAACCCAGAUGAAGUUAUAUUUGCAACAGUUCAAAUUUAUGUUGAUAUUAUAUUGUUAUAUCAAUAUGCAUUAAUGUUUAUAGGUUUGUUUCGCCAUCAUUGA